GUGAUCAAACCCUGAAUGAUCUAACAUUCUGGUGUUUGAAGUGAUUAUCAUGCUACACAACAUAAAGGCUUACGCCCAGCUGUGGGGCUAAUUAGCUCACUUAGGGCCAUUUAUAAAACACUGGCAGGGACUGGAAGGGACAGACGCUCACUGGGAAGUCAGAAGCUUAACAGGACAGCUGCAGAUCUGGAUCCUUAAAGCUGACACGCUGCUACAUGAGAACUAACUGAUCCGAAGAUUACCUGCUUUCCUAAGAAUGCCACACUUAAGCGACUGCAGCUACUACAAAAUGCGGGAUGCAACUAGAGCUUCAAAAGUACCGAGCCACCUAGAGAAUUCCAAGUUCCAUCUCUACCAAAGCCAGGGCCAGCCAGUGAAGCAGUACUUGACUUUGGGCUCCAAGCUGGCCUCCUCGGCCGGACCGGGUCACACCGUACCGCAUCCGCACUCCGCCGGCCAGCCGCURGCCACCGUGCCGACCAUGAGAAACGGACACAUGCCCCCCGUCAGCGAUGGCAGCAAUCCCAACAGCCCGGUCACCCUGCUCACCAUGGCCAACCACGACAGCGAGUUUCCGAUGGAUGAAGUUAUUGAUGACCUAAUUAGUCUUGAAUCCGGCUUUAACGAUGGUGGCUUGGACUGCAUGGAGCCUAACAUCAUAUUGCAAAACAAUGUCUCCCUAAGCAGCAGCAUGCUGGACGUCUAUGGGGGUGAACAAGGUAUGAACCCCCCUAAUGGUGGAAUCAGUCCCACAUCUAACCCCACAAAGCUCACUGUUAAAAGGGAAUACACAGAGCACGACACCAGGGUGAUGGCCAAAGAGAGGCAGAAAAAGGACAAUCAUAAUUUAAUUGAAAGAAGGCGAAGAUACAACAUUAACUACAGGAUUAAGGAACUGGGGACGCUUAUACCAAAGUCAAACGACCCUGACAUGCGAUGGAACAAAGGCACCAUUCUGAAGGCCUCGGUGGAGUACAUCAGGUGGCUGCAGAAGGAGCAACAACACGCUCGGGAGCUGGAAAGCCGUCAGAAGAAGCUGGAGCAAGCCAACAGGAGGCUGCUGCUGAGGAUCCAGGAGCUUGAGAUCCAGGCACGAGCACAUGGACUGCCAAACAUGGCCAACACUCUGGGGACAGUCGACCUUUCCUCCCACCUCCUCAAACAGCAGCAGCAGCAGCAGCAGCAAUCUCCUUCCCAGGCGCAGCAACCGCAGCAGCCCCCUCUCUACCAGGAGGACCCCAACAGUGACUACCUUCAGAGAAUAGCCGUGUUGACGGGCGUGCCAUCCAUCACCGCGGUAAGCGGCACUCAGGAUCACAUCCAAGGGGCGGAYGCCGGAACCACCUUCUCCGACCCGCUCUCCCAUUUCACGGACUUCUUUGCCUCUACGCUCAAGGAAGAGAACCAGCUGAACGAGAUCCUGAUGGACGACCCGCUCUCGCCGUUCGGCACCGACCCGCUCCUCUCGGCCAGCUCUCCUGGAGCUGCGUCCAAGGACAGCAGCCGCAGGAGCAGCUUCAGCUCUGCUGAGGCCGAUGACCUAUAAGGGUCUGCCUGCUCAUAGGAAACUUUAAGACUGCACAGCUGUGAUCCCCCCCAAAUGAUGAACACAGAACCUUGAAAACACUGACUGAUGAACUGUACAUGUGACCACUAGCAGCCUUACAAAUACUUUAAAUAACAGCUGACAAACUGUGUAGUAUUCCUGGAMGUGUUACAGAAGUUUUUUAUUGGAACCAGUCCCAUCAUGAACUUUAUUUCAGACAAUCUGCUUCCUGUAAAGAGCAGACUUGUAAGCAAAAAAAGGGAGACAUUUAUCAAUAUGUAAACAAUACUUGCUGUCUUUUACAACACUGUGGUGACUUUACACUGUAACAUAUGCAAUAUGACUAAACACUGUACUUUUUACCAGAUAUAUGCAUUUUAUGAAAGGCCUUAUUAAAACUUUCAAACUUGUACUUCAAGUACUCACCUCAGUGCUUAACAUGUCCUUAACUUUGUGCCUUUUCAGAUGUUUUGUUUAAGUUUGUUUGUAUUUAUAUGUGUUGUAAUCCAUGUAUUCAUAAAAAAUACA